UCUACUGCCACCGCGCGCCCAGGGCUUCCCCGCGGGGGUGGCGCCGCUUCAGUCCCAUAUAUGACGCCAUUAUGUCCACGAUUCCCAACGGCCAAACCCCUUCUCACCUUCUACUCCUCCAAUCAAUUUCAAUACUUCCCCAUUAAGCAAACCAAAUUUACAACACCACUAUUUACACUAUUUAUAUCAAAUCAUAUGUGUGGUCUCAUAUCCCUUCUUCAAGCUAGGCCUUGAAUAUGCCAGGAAGGAGUACAGCAGAGACAAGCUGCAGUAACAAUGAUGGUCCAUUCGUGACCUUUCUCGAAGUCUGGUUGGUUCGUCAACAACACCUCCUUGACGAACUCGUCACGGCUCAGCAAAACUUGCAUGAGUCUAGAAAUGACUACUUCAGAGACCUCACUACACGAGUGUCGUCUCACUACCAACAAUACUAUCACGAAAAGUUCAGAGAGGUGAGCCGGAACACGUUCGGCGUGUUAUCUCCGCCUUGGUUCACUCCAUAUGAGAGGACGCUCUUGUGGAUUUCCGGGUUUAAGCCGGAUCUGGCUUUCCGGUUGGUGGAGAGGUCGGUGGGUGGUGAGUUGAGUCAGGAUCAGAGUCAGAGGAUGAAUCAGUUGGUGGAAGAGACGGAAAGGGAAAAGAUUGAUCUGGAGAACCAGUUGGAGGAAGUUCAGAUGAGCGUGGCGGCUCUGCCAAUGGUUCAGGCGAUGAGGGGGAGGAGGAGAGGGAGGGAUGGAGUGGGGGAGGAGUUGGGUACGGUGGUGGAGAGGCUGAGGGAGAGGAUGGAAGGGGUGGUGGUGAGGGCGGAUUGGUUGAGGAUGACAACGGUGGAAGGGGUGAUGGGGAUAUUGAGUCCGGUUCAGAAUGUGAAGUUCUUGGCUGCUGCCACUCAGCUUCAGCUCAAUAUUAGAAGGUGGGGGUUGCAGAAAGAGGCUGAGACUGAGAGUCGACAGGCUCCAAAUGAGUGAUAAUGCAUCGAUCUCUAGCUUCUUCAUCCAAUCACACUCGAUCUGGUUCAAGGAUGAUUAGGGGUACGUGUCAGUUUUAGGUGAAAACUUCCUAUUAAUAAGUUUUUAUUCAGUUUUUUUUUUUUUUUUGCUUUUUUUUAAACGUUAGACUAUCUAUGGACUGAUCUCUCAUUUCUCUGCUUUGUUGAAGUCCUGUUAUGAAUAAUUUUGUGAGUUUGCUUAUGUUUGUUUGAACCUUGGGAAAAAAAUUGUUCGUGAGAACAAUUUGCCACUCUAUCAUGUAAUGUUUCUUUAGAAAUAGUUAAUAAUAUGGUUCUUGUUUGUUUGUUUCAUUUUAAGAAGGAUCGAUUUUUUAUUAUAGUGAACUAUUGGCACAAUCAAUGUAUUCUAUGAGUUCAGUGUUUAUCCAGCCUAAUUUUUUGGGCUCCUCAAUAGGC